AUGACUACACCGUUCGACAAUGUUCUUGUGGUGGGUGCUGGGCCAAGCGGCCUUUUACUGGCUUUGAUGCUGGGACAACAUGGUAUCAAGGUCGAUGUUGUAGAGGCUCUGGAUGGACUCGACAAAAGACCACGUGGUGUGGCGUAUGGCCCAGCCGCAGCCGUAGUACUGCAUCGUGCCAAUGUCUUGAGCAAAAUACGGGAAGUGGGGCUCACUCCUGACUCUCUGACAUGGCGUAAACUCGAUGGCACGGUCAUGAAUGGUCUAACAGGCCUCUCGAAAGGGGGUGAGGAAAGUGCAACUGUAAUUCACCCAGCGGAAGACCUUUCCCGCAUUUUCCUUGAGGAAGUUUACAAGCAACCUAGUGUCACAGUACACUGGAGCCACAAAGUCAUCUCUGUUGGUCAAAAUGAAGCGAGUGCCUGGGUUGAUAUCGAGGGUGGGGGCAGAUUCGAAGCUGAUUUCGUUGUCGGCUGUGACGGAGCCUCCAGUGCCGUUCGAAAGUCGCUAUUUGGCCAAAGGUUUGAUGGUAAAACUUGGGACAAGAUAAUCAUGGGCACUAAUCUUAUUUACGACUUCAAAAAGUUUGGUUGGGAAGAUACGUCUUGGAUUAUCCACCCAGAGCAUUUUGCUGUUAUUUGCCAAAUUACGCAGGACGGCGUAUGGCGUGUGUCCUACGGUGAAGACCCUGGUCUUUCUCGUGAAGAACUCCAAAAACGAAUGCCCGGGAAAUUGCAACAGAUCCUUCCUGGGGCUCCUUCGCCUGAUAAGUACCAUGUUCUUCAAUUCAACCCUUAUGUAAUGCAUCAGAGAUGUGCGGAGCGUAUGAGAGUUGGCCGUAUCCUACUAGCCGCCGAUGCUGCACACCUCUGCAAUCCCAUGGGAGGUCUUGGCUUGACCACUGGAAUCGCCGAUAUUGGAAGUCUCGUCGACUGCUUCUACGGUAUUUAUGAGGGAAAGGUAGGCUUGGACAUACUCGAUAAAUAUGAUGAGUCUCGACGAAACGUAUUCCAUACAGUUACCGAUGUAAUCUCCACUUUGAACUUGAACCGAGUUCGAAGUGAUUCAGAUUCGCUACUUGACGGUAAGGAUCCUUUCUUUGCACUUCUUGAUGCAGCAAAAAAGGACCCAAGUCUCUAUAAGAGGUUAGCAGAAGAGCAAAUGAAACUUGCUGUCGACCUUACUUGUUUCUACAAUUAG